UGAGGCCUAGGUGGCCGCGGGGCUGUUGGGAGAGUGUGAGAAGAGGAAGGGGAACCCGGAAGGGGUGUGAGUGGAGCUUGGGGGGACGAAAGAUAGCUUCGAGGAGGCCGGGGGCUGCGCGCGCACCCGCCUCUCGCUCAGUCGGCUGGGCCUCUGCGGUCGGGGCCAGGUGACAGCUGGGCCGGGCCUCCGCGAGCCUCCGCUCCUCCCCCCGGCCGGGCCGGUGCGGCUGCGGGGUUCGAUGCCAGUCGGGCACGUCCGGGGCAGUUUUUGACUCCCUGGCCCGAAUUGCGACAGUUCCUCCGUGCCCCAUCGCUGCUCCAGCCCCAGGAUGCAGAAUGUGAUCAACACGGUGAAGGGAAAGGCUCUGGAAGUGGCCGAGUACCUGACCCCCGUCCUCAAGGAAUCAAAAUUUAAGGAAACGGGUGUAAUUACCCCAGAAGAGGGCUACAGGGGAAGAAUUGAAAGUGAAGGCAUAUCUACCAACAGGGAAACAGUUUUUGGUAACCAAAAAUGUUCCAUGCUACAAACGGUGUAAACAGAUGGAGUAUUCGGAUGAAUUGGAGGCUAUCAUUGAAGAAGAUGAUGGGGACGGGGGAUGGGUAGAUACAUACCACAAUUCAGGUAAUACAGGAAUUACUGAAGCAGUUAAGGAGAUAACACUGGAAAGCAAGGACAGUAUAAAACUCCAAGAUUGCUCAGCACUGUGUGAUGAAGAAGAAGAGGAAGAUGAAGGGGAAGCUGCAGACAUGGAAGAAUAUGAAGAGAGUGGAUUGUUGGAAACAGAUGAGGCUACCCUAGACACAAGGAAAAUAGUGGAAGCUUGUAAAGCUAAAGCUGACGCUGGAGGUGAAGAUGCUAUUUUGCAAACAAGAACUUAUGACCUGUAUAUCACUUAUGAUAAAUAUUACCAGACCCCACGGCUAUGGUUGUUUGGCUAUGAUGAGCAACGGCAGCCUCUGACAGUUGAGCACAUGUAUGAAGACAUCAGUCAAGAUCAUGUGAAGAAAACAGUGACCAUUGAAAACCAUCCUCAUCUCCCACCACCUCCUAUGUGUUCAGUUCACCCAUGCAGGCAUGCUGAAGUGAUGAAGAAAAUUAUUGAGACAGUUGCAGAAGGCGGGGGAGAGCUUGGUGUUCAUAUGUAUCUUUUAAUUUUUUUGAAAUUUGUUCAAGCUGUCAUUCCAACAAUAGAAUAUGACUACACAAGACACUUCACAAUGUAGUGGAGAGGACAUAGAGUCUAUCCUAAUUACUGCUUCUGAUUUUUAAAGAAUUAAUACAUAGAUGUGACCAUUGACCAUAUUUACCAAUAAGAAUAAUUUCUCUAAUAAUGGGACUUAUAUGUUUAUGCAUUAAAUAAAAACUGUUCUACUACCAACCUUAUUUGUUUAAUAAAAAUGUGUGUGAAGAAAUGUUUUCAUUUCCUAUCAGAAGAUUAUAGUAGAGUUUCCGCUGUCAGAGGAUGAUUGCAGAGUAAGGAUGGUAUUGAACAUCUACAGUGUCAGAACUAGCUCUAGAAAGUAUUCCACACCAGGCUGUGUGUCACUCCCUUUCCUUCCUACUCCAUUCCCUGCCUUGUCCUCUCCAUACAUCUGUUUUGUGCUUAUAGUUCAUGUUUCUGAAGUGCUAACUGUAUGCCAUGAAACAUACCUGCUUCCUGAUGUAUUGGUAUGGCCCAGAUUACUUUUUAUUAAGGAUAUAGGGUUAUUUUUCUUAGCAUAAUUGCCAGUAGAAUUGUGGGAUUUGAAGGGGAAUCUUUAGUAGAUCUGAGUCUGGCAAUUUAAAAUGCAGAUUUUCCUGAAACAACAUACUUUAAGCUGUCCAGAUCUUUGGUUUUGUUUUUUGAUUUGUUCUUAACCUUUGCCUUAAAUUCCUGCAUUGCCUCUCAGUAGCCAUCUUAGUCCAUGUAAAAUGUGAUGUCUUACCUUGUCUUCCAUUUUGUUUACAUCAUCUAAGAAUAUCUCCCUUAACUUUAAAAACUUUUGAAAAUGUC